AUGAAAUUUCAUAAUAAUAAGAUACAACUAUUUUCACUUAUUAUAGCUCAGCUGAUAAAUUACUGCUAUGCUCGAACCUGUUCUAAUGCAAACCUAACCUUCUUAAACCCCUACGCAUCCUCAUUCUCAGGUAGCUUUUUAGUGUAUACUCCUCAAGCUUCAGGGCAAACAACAUAUGACUAUAUUCUAGACUUUUUAGUUGAUGAUGGUGCACCAGAAACCGAUAGUUUUUACGGAAUAACAGACAUAAAUUAUGAAAUGGACGUUGAUGAUGACAGCUCUGAUAAUACAGCUACCCUAUUCGGUAGAACUAUAAAUGUUUCGAAUUUCACUGUCAAAGCUUCAGGUCUCUUUUACCCAAAAAUCAGUGGAAAUUAUAACUUUGAAAUUAGUGCCGAUGAUGCAGCUAUACUAUCAGUAAGAUCGCAUUAUGAUUAUUAUUGCUGUCACAAUUUUACUAUAGAUGCAAGCGAUCCAAUAGGAUUCUAUAAAACUAUUUAUGAAGACUUUACAGAUCUUCUAAAAGUCACAGGUUCACCAGACGAUGUAACCACGAAAACCAUAUAUUUAACUGCUGGGGCACCAGUACUUCUUUUAAUGACAUCCAUUAAUAGGUCAGGAGGCGCCAGCUUUAACAUGAAAAUCACCGACCCGAAUGGUGAUAUUAUAAGUGAUUUAACAGAUUAUUUAUAUGAGAAUAAGGGUAUGACUGUAAGGUGUCAUACCGAGGUGGAUAUUUUAGAGUCAGCAAGUGUACAAUCUAGCACAACUUACUCCACAGUAUUUUACACUACUACUGCCGAAAUUUUUGGAAUUAAAGAAACCCAAACAACUUAUUAUGUCAAAGUUCCUGAAACUAUGUCUUUGAGUUCUUCUUCUGUAGUUGAAUCAUCAUCUAGCAUAGUAUCAAGUUCGACUGUUAGUUCGGAACCCUCAUCGAGCGUGGUGUCUAGUUCAACACAAAAUGAAGAAUCCUCAACAAGUUUGGUAUCCAGUUCAACUGCGAACUCUAUCUUUUCUUCAAGUAUUAUUACUAGUUCUUCCCCAAGUAGCAAUCCGUUAUCUAUCACCGAAUCAAGCUCAAAUGAUAGCUCAAGCGAGUCAGCAAGUACUAUUUUGAGCGUUACUACAAGCGCAGAUUUAUCCUCAAGUGUAAUAUCAAGUUCCACUUCAAUUCCAGAUACAUCCUCGAGUUCUGUCGCAUAUUCAAGUUUAAAUUCUGGAGAAUCUUCCAUUUUUACCUAUAGUUCAACCGAUAACGGUGGUCAAAUAUCCAGUACCACCUCUAUCACAACACUGUCAUCACAAUCAAGCUCUACUGGAAUUAUUAACGAGAUAUCUAGUUCACUAGAAGACUUUAGCACAAGCAGUGCAUACACUUACUCAAACUCCUCAACGGUCAAAUCCACCGCCUCAAUCACCUCUAAACCAAUUUUAGGAUCCUCUGAAGUUAUCCAGUCAACCGAGGGAGAUUCUAAUUUGGGCCAAAAGACUUCGGUUACUGUUCCUUGUACUUCUGAAAAUUGCCAAAAAACUUCUACACAAUCAACAGAAUAUAUUACUAAAACUUCUAUUAUUACAUCGACAAUUGUUACUGAGUGUUCAGUUACAGACCAUAAUUCUAUUGAACUUGUAUUAUCAACAUACGUGACCGAGAUUACUACAGUUGCUACAAUCACAAGUUGUCCAGGUGGUUGCUCAAUAGAAGCAUCGAAAACGACCAAUUCUAAAGCUUCUGGAACCUCUGUGGUACAAGAGACAGAAGAAACUUCUGAAGCUCCAAUAAAGCAAGGAACCUCUACUGUCUCUAUGAAACAAGAAACAUCUAGAGCCCCAAGCAUCCAAGAGACAUCAAAAUCACAAGGUACCUCAAGUAGUUCUUACGUUGUUGAACUUAAUGAAAAUAGUAGUUCAAGGUCAAUGUUUGACUUUGCUGCCAUUUUUAUUUCUAUAAUAUCUGGGUUUUUUAUUUUCUAG